CUCCCCCGUGCCCCUUUAGGAAGCCCCGCAAAAUUAGCUUGACCGUGAGGUACUUCAGACAGAGCGAGACGGGGGUAGAGACAGACAGAGAGAGGUACGGGAGAAGGAAAAGGGAGGACAGGAAAAGAUGAGAGAUCAGAUGGUGCAGCAGAAAUGCAGCAGAAAACAGUGAAGCAGUUUGAGUGUGCUUGAGAGAGAAAGCAGGAGAAAGCAAAAAAAAAAGGGGGAGUUAGAAAGAAAGAGGUAGAAAAAAGUGAAGAGAAGAAAGAGAGCGAGUACAGCCAACUGGCAUAGUUUGAGUUAUUCGCCUCAGCUCUAAAAGUCUCAGGCUGCCCAGACUCCAAACCACACGGACCAAGGUCCUCUAUGCUCUCUCUACAACUGCAGUAUGGAGGGUCUGUAAAAGCAGGAGAGCUGGAUUCAGGGAGCACAGUUAAGAGCCAUUGCUUUGUCUUGCUCUGGAUUUGGUAUCUGUUCAUCCUCCUUGAUGCUUUAUAGCAGUGGCUCGAUUCUGUUAGUAACUAAGAGCCAGACCUACGGUACAAUGGGCCUGCAGAAUGGAGUAUGAUAUUGACUUCUACAAACACUUUGCCUGGCUUAGGAAGGUAAAUCUCCACUCGUCUGGCAAUAGUGAGUCCUACCAGGAGCGCUUAUCACGUCUGGAGGGAGACAAAGAGUCACUAAUUCUGCAGGUGAGCGUGCUGACGGACCAGGUGGAAGCUCAAGGAGCCAAGAUCAGUGAUCUGCAGAGUUCUCUGGUGGAGCAUCAGCACAAACUCAACUCCACAGAGGAGAUGCUACAGCAGGAGCUCCUGCAUAGGACGUCACUGGAGAGCCAGAAGCUGAAUCUUAUGGGGGAGGUGUCCUACCUGAAACUGAAGCUGGCAGACAUGGAGGGAAAACAGGGCCAUGGGGCUGAACGACAGCAUAAAGCAGAGACUGUAGUGAAUUUCAUUAGCGAGCUGCAGGAGCAGAUGUGUAGGUUUCAGAAGGAGAUCAAUAGCAAGAUCCAGGAGAAAAAGGCCUUGGAGAUCCCAGCUGAUGGCAGCUCUCCAGUGGCGUGCCCCACCGAGUCCACUGAGGGCGAGGGCCCAAACCCCGGGCCAGCCUGUGAUGGGACCUCGGGGGUGAUACACAAAGUAGAAGAGGUUCCAGAUGGGCCUGAUGGGAACACGCACAGCCUGGAAGAGGGUAGCUCAGAUGCAGAGCAGCAGUACCACUGCGGAGAAGAAAGUGGCUUACUGAAAGAGCUCAGGAUCCUCAAGGACAAAGUGGAGCACCUGGAGGAUCAGAAGAUACAGUAUGAGAAGAAACUCAAAGCAACAAAGGCGGAGAUCAGCAGCCUUCAGCAGCUCCUGCUCAGUAAGAACGCUGAGAUCGAGAGCUUGCACACUCAGCUGCUGGCCAGGCCCUCCAUAUCCCCCGAGAGCUCGGAGAGAGAGGAGAUGUACAGGAAGAGGCUAAACACCAAAUACCAGGAGCUGCAGAGGCUUAGGAGUGGAAUGAAAUCACUGGUGGCUGCCAAUGAUGAAAAGGACAGACGUAUUGAGGAGCUCACUCUCCUCCUGAAUCAGUGCCGGCAGUUCAGAGAAGUCAAUCACACCACGAGACAAGCUCCAUCUGCUGUCCGUUCAUUGUCAAAUGGAAGGACCCCGUCAUGCAGCAGUGAAGAAGAAGAGCAUGCACUGAUGAAGAAUGGUGACACCAGCAGUGCAAAAUCUGUGGAUGUAAAGUCUGAAGUUUCCACAAGCAGCUCCUCCUCUUCCCAACAGACAUCUCUAUCAUCAGCCCAGAAGGACAGUGACUCCAGAACAGAGCCGCAGACUUUAUCAAGUAGCAUGAGUGACCUGACAAAUGGAUCUUUACAGAAGAGUGGUCUGGAUGACACCAGAAGUCAGACGCUGCCUGUGAAUGCCUCUCUGUCAGAGCAGAAUGGGAGCAGAGACAGCAGUGAAAGCCAGAGUCAAAGGUCUCCAGAUGGGAGCGAAGAUGGAGACUCCAGCCAAAGAAAGUUGGAGAAAGUUGAUGACAGCACUUCAAGCGAUAAUUCCCCUGUUCACUCUGGAGCAAACACACAGCCCGGCCAACGAGCUGUGGGCUCACCAGAAUAUAUGAAGAAUAACAGGAGCUUCAAGAGACUCUGGGGAAAACUUCGAAGAACCCAGUCUGGAGGGCUCCAGGCAGCAGAUCCAGAUGGCGGUCAGUUUAAAAGAGGGGGGCUGCGUGCGACAGCAGGACCCAGACUGACUAGGACCCCUGAGUCCUUUAACCCUGCACGUGAUAUGAAUAUUCCAUUCAGCCAGUGGACCAAGGAGCAGGUGUGUGGCUGGCUAGAGGACUACGGACUAGGCCAGUAUGUCAACCUCACCAGACAGUGGGUUGAAAGUGGACAGACACUGCUGUCAGCCACACCUCAGGACUUUGAGAAGGAGAUGGGUAUGAAGAAUCCACUGCACAGGAAGAAGCUGCAGCUCGCUCUGAAGGCGUUCACCACCAAAGUUGUAGAGAAAUCGGCAGAGCUGGACCACAUCUGGGUCACCCGCUGGUUGGAUGAUAUUGGUUUGCCUCAGUAUAAAGACCACUUCCAUGAAGCUCGAGUGGAUGGUCGAAUGAUACAGUACCUCACAGUGAAUGACCUCUUGACUCUGAAGGUCACCAGCCAGCUUCAUCAUCUCAGUAUUAAAUGUGCCAUCCAUGUUCUUCACGCCAACAAGUUCAACCCCAACUGCCUUCGACGUAGGCCAGGGGAAGAGAACCAGCCCUCUCCCUCGGAGGUGGUGCAGUGGUCAAACCAUCGCGUGAUGGAGUGGCUGAGAGCAGUGGAUCUGGCUGAAUAUGCUCCUAAUCUACGGGGCAGCGGCGUUCAUGGCGGGCUGAUUAUCCUGGAGCCUCGCUUCAGCUCAGAAACUUUGGCCCUGCUGUUAAAUAUUCCUCCACAGAAGACUUUGCUCCGGCGCCACCUCGCCACUGCCUUCUCUGCCCUAGUGGGGCAUCAGGCCACGCAGGAGAAGCGAGAGUAUGGCAAUGCCACAGGCCAUGUGCCUCUCACUACCACUGCUAAAGUAAAGCCAAAGAAGCUGGGCUUCACCCAAUUCAGUCACCUCAGAAAGAGGAGACCUGAUGAAUCUGCAGACUAUAUCUGCCCAAUAGACAGUGGAACGCUGACAGUGAAUGGGGUGUCUCGCUUGCCCCCAGCAGCACUCAGGGGCCUCAGCCCCACCUUGAACAGACCGACUGAGAAGCGGGAGCAUGUGGGCGUAAAAGCUCAGGCUAACGGCCCAAAACACAGCCCUCCCCUCGCACUCACUAAGUGACUUUGUGAAUCAGAUGCAGAAAUGUACCCAAGAUGAAUCCAUGUGGUGAUUUGCUGGACGGGCUGCAAUAAUGCUGUGUUAAGCACGUGAUGUUAAUUGUUGUUAAUGUAUUUUUAACCAGAUGUUGCUCAAACAAUAUUCAUCUGAAAUGGUGAUGAAUGGUGACAUUGUGUUUCAUGAAAGCUGCUCUUUGCAUUCCUUAUACAGUCGGAUUCCAAAGCUUAUACUUUGCUUUAAAUCAAUGCAUUUUACUGACCAUUUUCUAUCUUAGACUUCUGCAGAUUUAGUUAGAAUAUUGACGACCUUUUAUUGUUAUAUGUUUGGAUUGACUUCACAUUAUAAUAAUUUACCCCAGUUACUUUAAGAAUGUCUCUGAUCCAUCCUGUAUGACCGACCAAAAGAAGCCAAUAAACCCCAAAUUAAAUCACUUUAUUUCUUGAUGGUAAACUUCCUCUUCUGCACCUUCAAAUAAGGUUCGUCUGUAUACCUUAGGAUUCUGCUACUCAAAUGAUAUCUUGUUUCAUAUGAACAUUGUGAAUAUUCAGUAAUAUAAUAAACAUCAGUUCAACAGUUA